AUGGCGCGACUUCUUACUUUAUUUUUAGUUUCCGUUUUUGUCUCGUUUGUUCUUAGUGCUCCAACUCAAGAUGUUGGUCUCAAUAAUGAAAAAACUCUUAACAUGGUUCCUAGAACUAGUGCUGAUGAAAAACCAAUAAUGCAAACUCAUCACACGGCUCCCGACACUGUAACUCCAGUUGGUGAUAAUACUGGACAUCAUGUUUUAAGAGAGGAUGAAUCUGACGAAAGUGAUAUAAAAGAAGGGACUGACGAAAGUGAUAUUGAAGAAAGUCGUGAAUUAAUUUCCGAUCCUCUCUUACGUUCCAACAUAGAAAGUCUCGUUGCACAAUCUUCUGUUGAAGCUACCGAAACUCUUGAUGCUAACGAAUUUAUUAACAUUCAACCUGUUCGUGAAACUCUUGAUAACAUUGUCUCAACCUCUGAUUUAUUCCAUUUCCCUGGAGCUCCUCGAAAAUACCGUGUUGUCGUUCUUCCUAAGGGCAAAGCUUUACACUUUGUGUAUAAAGUUAUUGUGUUUCCUAAGGGUAAAUUUGCUCAUACUAAAAUUUUCAAAUUAAUUAUUAUCCCUAGUAAGAUUACAAAACUUGGUAAAAAAGUCACUUUCAUUGUUAUUCCUAAAGAUGCACCUGGAAGUUGGAAAAAAUAUUCAAUCUUUAUUCCUCAUAAAUCUUAA